AUGACAAGUAAUGGAAAGGAUGAUGGUCCAAAACUGAGAGAAGAAAAUAAUUACAAAGAAUUUUAUCCUUCUCUUGAUGAUACACAAUUAAUUCCAUUAAUAUUCGAUGUUGAAAGUGUUACAGGUUUAAAAUUACCUGAAUUUGAAGAAUCUUAUAAUGAUAAAUCAAAACAUACAGUAAUCCAAUAUAAACAAACCAUUAUCGAUGGGAAAAUAAAUACAGAACCAUUAGUUAUUGGCAAUACAGUGGCAAAUUUCCAUAAAUGUAAAUUUGAUAUUUCAGAAUUAGCUAAAGAUAUCGAAACAAAUACAAAAACUAUCGAGAUGGAACAACAACCCAAAUCAUCGAAGAAAAGGAAAAUAUCAACACAAAAGACUCAUCGGGAACAAAUUGACAAUAUGGAAUUGUCAUCAUUAUCAUAUAUGGUUAAGAUACGGCAUGAUUCCAGCGAACAAAAUCAAGUAUUUAAUAUGAGGGACCUUAUUCGAGAUUCACCAGGUUUGAAAAAUUUCAAGAUACAGUAUGACAUGGAUGAACAGGAUAUCUUAUUUAUCAGACAUUUAAACAAGUUAUAUCCAGAUCUAAACCUAAAUGAUCUUCAAUUUGAAGCCCUAAUAUCUAUUCUAGAGUUUCAAUGGUCAUAUAUGCAAUCUCAUUUCCCAAUCCCAGCUCCACCAUUAGCAUCCUUUGAACAAUUAUGUUCAGUUUGUAACACAGAAGAGACCACAAGUAACAUUAUUAUAUUUUGUGAUUCGUGUAAUGUGGCAGUACAUCAAGAUUGUUAUGGAAUAUUAUUUAUACCCCCAGGCCCAUGGCUAUGUAGGCCUUGUAUUCAAAAAAAUUUAACUUUAACUAAACCAUAUUGUUGUGUUUGUCCCGAGAUUGGAGGACCAUUGAAACAAACUUCUUGUGGGACAUGGGUUCAUGUUUGGUGUGCAGUAUGGGUUAGGGAAUUAUGUUUCGGAAACUGGCAUUAUUUAGAACCUGUCGAAGGGAUUGAAAAAAUACCUGCCUCAAGAUGGAGAUUAGUAUGUUCUAUUUGUAAAUUGAAACGCGGUGCAUGUAUUCAAUGCAGUAAUAAGAAUUGUUUUACUGCAUUCCAUGUAUCUUGUGCAAUGAAAGCAGGGUAUCAAAUGACUCAUUUAGUUACCGGAUCUUUAGCAGAGAUGGCACUCGGUGGUGAAAAUUUGGAAUGUUUUUGUGAUAAACAUUCAGUUACUAUACCAGGUGUAGAAGAUAGAAUUCAGGAACAAAAAGAUGAGGUUCAUGAGUUAAAUACAUUUGAUCUUCUCGAUAAUACAGUAACAGGCAAAAAACAUAGUACCUUAGAUGAUACUAUAUCGAAUAUUAGAAAAUUUCCGAUUGCACCGAUGAUAUUUGUUAAUCAGUUACAGUCUGUUUUAUCACAGACUGUAACUAAUAAUAAUAUUUUGCGGAAUGCUAGUCUAGAUAUUUGUAAAUAUUGGAGUCUAAAGAGAGAACUUAAUGACGGUGCCCCAUUAUUUGAACCAGCUAAUGUUAACAUUUACUCGUAUGACCUUCUUGAUAAUAACCAGAUAAAUGAUAGACUCGCCUUUUGUAAAAUUCUUUCUCCUGAUUUAAUGUCUUUAAAAGAAUUAUCAAAUUUAGUUUAUGACAGAAAUAAUAUUUUAAUCAAAAAAGUGGCGACUGAUAGGUUGAUUAAUGAUAUAAUUAAAGAUCCUGAGCUUUUUACCUUGAAUAAUAUCAUAAUAAAAAAGUUUAUGUCAAGUGAUAUAUUUAAACAAUUGAAAUAUUCAGUUGAAGAGUCGAAAUUUAAGGAUGUGUUGAGGAUGUGCGAGGAAAGGCAUUUUAACAGUAUUUCAGAUUUUUAUUCAAUAAUUAACCAGAUGUUUAACGAAAUUUCAGAAUCUCCAGAUACAAGUAGAGUGCUAAGCAAAAAUGUUGAGAAGGCUAGAGUAGCCUUGGGAAUUACGCCAUCAUCAAUGGUAAAAGAUAGUUUUCAGGAUAUGUUGAAACAGGAUUUCAUUAUACAAGAUUCUCUAAAUAUAGAAGAGUUGCAAUGGAAAUCUUUCCUUGCAAUGAAGAAUGAAGGUUUAAGUGAUGUAGAAGAACUUGGCGAUUCUGAUAAAUCACACUUAGAUGAUAUAUUAAACGGUAACUCGACGAAUGCUAGAACAAAAAUUAAAAGAAAAACCAGAAAACUUCGAUCAAGGAGAAAAUAG